AUGACUCCAUCUGCGCGCAAACGCGGUAGGCCGUCACUGAACCGCGCCUCAUCAUCACCAGAUUAUCCAACCCAGCGAGCGUUACACGCAGCGCAGCGCAUUCAUCAAGCAUGUGGCAUGUGGCCAACUGAGUUCUGCAAAGGUUUUGUACCUGAGACUUGGGGUGUUCGACUUAUCGAGAGCCUUUCUACGUUGGUGUCUCUGGUAGUGGCUGCUGAGAACGUGGAGCUCGACGAGGUGCGCCAUAGAUUGAAGGUUUUCGCUACUAGCCAUCCGCGCUCAGAUCGCCCGCGACUUCGUGAGCUAGAUAUAGCAAAGGUGCGAAAGUGGUUACGUGGGAUGGGGAUUGAUACUAAACAAACACGGCGAUGGAAUGGACGUGCGGAUGAUGAUGAUCGGACUGCGGAUAGUGACGGAACCAAGGCAAACUCUGAACCGGUUGAUGAGAUUAUCGCGCUAGGCUCUCGAGAAGAUCUCAGCAAAUACGGAGGCAAAAAUGAAGAAGAGACUGAAGAAGAUCCUGACUUGACUGUCGAAGAGGAAGAGAGCGUCCCUCAUAAACGAGACCUUUGGUCGCGAAGCAGAGACAUCGGUAAUAUCCAGGAUGAUGAGCCUAUGGAGGAUACCAUGGCGGCCAAUCCUAGGUCUGGGCUCGCUAUAACCAAUGGGCAAUCCAGGGGCAGUCCUGUCGCCUCCAGCUCCGGCUCCAACGCAGCCGAGUCAAGCGCUUGCCCUCGGCACGGCUUUCAACCACCAUCUCGCUUGGUUCAUGAUACCCCCAGAGCUCUAUUCGCCGUCCAGAGGGACCAGAUGAACAAGCUUCGGCAUCUUCUGCUGCUACAACUCCACGGGCUUUUCAAAGCUCGACGCAGCCACGCGAACCACCAAGCUCCCAAACGACGGCGUCUCUCACCUCUGCUUCUCAGAACACCCAGGGUGCUCAACGAUCUGACUCCCGUGUCUUUUCCUGCGACAACCCCACAGGGCACUACGCGCCCUCCGCAACAACCAGACAGCCAGGGAUCAGUAACCGCGGCUCAGAACUCUGUACAGCUUCGCGCACAAUCAUCAGCAUCUCUACCCACCUCCCAGAGCGCGCGACAGCCUGACCAACGAUCAAGUAGCCAGCCAUCAAUGUCCACAACGAGUUCUCAAAGCUCCUCGACUCCUCGCGCACAAGCCAGCUCGCAGCCAGCACUGUCUCGUUGUACCGGCACUACUUCUCAGGCCUCCCAGAGCUUUCAGCAGCAACCGAACCACCGACCAUCGGCGUCUAUCAAUGCGACUCCUCAGGCAUCUCUAUACUCCCACCUAGGAGGCAGUCAACCAUGGACACCUCGUCCCAUCGCCCCUGCUGGGGCUAACAAGCGCCCUGCUCCGUCAUCGCCAGUAAACACAUUUACAUCCACCAACAACUUCAUCAACCGGACAGCGGCGAGCAGUUCAGAAUCACUCACAGCCCCUUCAACCAAAAGUCAAAAGACUGCUGGCAUUCAAUGUCCAAGUUCACAGGUGACUGGGUCAUUGGAUUGGAACGCUCUUCUUCCCACCGGAGACGGAUUCAGAUCAAGCUUGAAGGCCGCUUCGGCUGCCUUAUUUCCUCAUAUCAAGAGCUUCGAAGAACUUUUAACAUCCAUCAAUGACGAACACUGCCGACUCAUCACAGUUGAGCGCAGCCUCAGACUUACAAAGAACGAGCAAGCAAAGGAGCAGGAAAAAGCCCAAGACGCGCUCAAGGAUGUAGAGAAAUCAAUGACCACCGAGAAAAAGUUGCUCAGGGACCUGGAAGAUCUCUACAACAAAUAUGCUGGGGAUAACGAACUUUGCACGUUCCUGGAUAAACGAAGACGAACGGUUCUCGAACAUGAAGAGGUAUAUACCGUAGUCAAAAGCCAACUUGACAAGAGUACUUCUGGGCUUUUCAAAACCGAUAGCAAGAUUGCGUUGGCUACCAAGAGGAUUGGGCAGCUUGAAGCCGAGAAGGCCGAGGUCAUGAAAGAGAAGAUGGGGAUUGAUACGGCGGCGAAACGAUUGAUGAUUAUGUCUCGUUUUAUGGAACCCGGCUGGCAAGCUAGACUGGCUAUGGUUGAGGAGGCUUUGGGAGAAGAAGUUAUGCAGUUUGCAUUUUCAUAG